AUGGAUUCGGAGUUGGCACAGUGUUUUGCAUCAAUGCCUGCCAUGCCAGAAUUCAACUCGAUCGCUGAUAUCCGUGCCUUGGUAGCGCAUUCGCAAAGUCUCAGGCUCACCUCCUCUGCCCCAACAGAUGUAUCUGAAGAAAACCGUGAAAUUCCAGUUCGCGAUGGCACAGAAAUCAGCGUCCGCAUUCAUCGGCCCAAGGACGCUGGGACGAACGCGGAAAGUGGCCCGCUGUUUGUCAUGUACCACGGCGGUGGCUACUGCUUUGGUAAUGCAGCCAGUAUUGAGAACGAAUGCAGGAUGUUUGUUCAGAAGUUUAGGGCCAUCAUUAUAAACGUGGAAUAUCGGCUUGCUCCUGAAUACCCAUGGCCGGUGCCAGUACAGGAUGCAUACGAUGCCUUGAAAUGGGCCGCGCGUAAUGCGUAUAAGUUAGGAUCCGAUCCUAAAAAGGGCUUUAUUGUUGGAGGAUCUUCUGCUGGAGCAAAUUUUGCAACAGUUGCCUCGCACUUAGCAGUCACAGAAGCACUAUCACCACCACUUACAGGCGUCUAUAUCAGUGUUCCACCAGUUGUACACCCUGACGCAGUGCCAGAAAGGUACACGCAAGAGUUGAAGAGCUAUGUGGAGAAUGCGGAUGCACCUAUUCUGAAUGCCAGGUUGCGCGAGCUCUUCCUAGAUAAUUACAAGCCAGAUCCCAAGUCUCCAAUGUUCUCAUCUUUACUAAGUCCAAGUCAUAAGGGGUUGCCAAGGCACUAUAUCCAAGUAUGUGGGCUAGAUCCGUUAAGAGAUGAGGGCUUGAUCUAUGAAAAGGUUUUGAGGGAAGAUGCAGGCGUGGAGACAAAAUUGGACAUUUAUGACAAGGUCCCACAUGGCUUCUGGAUUUUGUUCCCUCAGAUAUCGAAGUCAAGGGAAUUUUACAGUGACUUGGCCGAGGGAGUGAAAUGGUUGCUCGAGGCGUAG